GCCUCCAGAGAGAGAGAGAGAGAGAGUGGACGCGGCGAUCCUGACACAAGCUGAUAGAUGAGCAUCAAGAGCCAGCGCUCGCAAGCCCAGCCCCUCGCCCCGUGUCCGCGCAGCGAUGCCCGCCGCCGGCCCCCGGCUCGGACACUGAUCGGGGAGUGAUGGCGAGACGACGGCCCGCGCCCCGCUGCUUGCUCCCGCUGCUGCUGCUGCUCGGAGAUUUGGGCCACUCCUCAGAACUGACCUUCACUAUGGAGCCGAGCGAUGUGGUGGCGGUGGAAGACCACCCACUCAAGCUGCAGUGCCAGGUGGAAGGGCUGGAGCCCAUUAGCAAGUCGUGGCGGAAGAAUGGGGAGCUGCUGUUGGACAGCCAGCACGUCUCCUUGCUUGCCAACGGUUCGGUCUACAUCAGAAAGUUCCACAAGCUGCUGGACGACGGCUCCUCCGAUGAGGGCGAAUACGACUGCACGGCCCAGAACCGCCUGGGCCUCGUGGUCAGUCGGAAGGCCAAAGUACAAGUUGCAACUCUGUCGCCGUUCCACGUGCAGCCCCAGUCCAUGGUUGUUGAGGAGGGCGGCGUUGCCAGAUUUCAGUGCCAAAUUCAUGGUCUACCAGAACCACUGAUCAUCUGGCUGAAGAAUCGCAGGCCUCUUGAAGCCGGCGAUGACAGGUUUACAUUGCUGCCCACAGGGGUCCUGCAGAUUACACAAGUGGGAGAGGCAGACAGUGGCAUCUACCACUGUGUGGCUGCCAACACUGCCAACACCAGGCACAGCCAGGAGGCCAGUCUCACCGUGCAAGGAUCCCGUACCAACGUGUACAAGGAGCCGGCUAUCCUGGUUGGUCCUGAGAACCUCACGCUGACGGUGCAUCAGACGGCGGUCCUGGAGUGCGUGGCGACGGGGAACCCGCGGCCCAUCGUGUCCUGGAGCCGGCUGGACGGGCGGCCGAUCGGAGUGGAGGGAAUCCAGGUGCUCGGCACGGGGAACCUGAUGAUCUCUGACCUGUCGGUGCAACACUCCGGCAUCUACGUGUGCGCGGCCAACAAGCCAGGGACGAGGGUGCGCCGCACGGCCCAGGGGAGGCUGGUGGUCCAAGCACCCGCAAAGUUUGUGCAGUACCCGCAGUCCAUAUCGAGACCAGUGGGAACCACAGCCAUUUUCAACUGUCUGGCUCAAGGGGAGCCCAUACCCCAACUCACCUGGCUGAAGAAUGGGGAGAUUCUGGCACCCAGUGGCCACAUCAAACUGAAGAACAACAACAACACCCUGACAAUAAAUGGAAUCUCUCCGGAGGAUGAAGCAAUCUACCAGUGCAUUGCGGAAAAUGAUGCUGGUUCCACGCAGGCCAGCGCUCGGCUCACAGUGCUAUGGGCUGAGGGGCUUCCCGGACCCCCACGGGAUGUGAAAACCACCGCUCUCUCCGCAACGGCCAUUCAAGUGUCCUGGAACAAGCCCUUGCAGAACACCAGGGACGUUAUUGGCUAUGUCCUCCACAUCAGGAAGACUGCCGAUCCAGUGGAGAUGGAGUACCAGGAGGCUGUGAGUAAAUCUACCCUCCAGCAGGUAGUGACUGAUCUGGAGGCGUCCACCAGUUACACGUUCCACAUAAAGGCCUACACCUCGCGGGGAGCCAGCAAACCUUCCGAGACAGCCAUCACGAACACACUGGGUGAAGUUCCGGCUGUGCCAGCUCUUUUCAUCAAGGUCCUGAACAAUACCGCCAUCCAGGUCGCGUGGGAAUCCAGUAUUAAACUGGGUCAACAUGAAGGAUUCAAGCUGUAUUAUCGUCGGAUCCAUGGGGCGCUCUUCACUGGGCCCGUGCUCCUUCCCCGCAACGUUACUUCCUACAACAUCACUCAUCUUGACCCUAUGAUUGCUUAUGAAGUGAAGCUUCUCGCUUUCAAUUGCCAUGGAGAUGGGAAUUCCACAGUGCGCUUUGUGACUCUGCGAGAUGCCACUGAAAGAUCUGUUCUGAACACUCCAUGCGAUUGCUUGAAAGAAGAACACAGCAGCAAAACAUCCACCACCGGCAUCAUCAUCGGAACACACAUCGGUGUCACCUGCAUCAUCUUCUGCGUUCUGUUCCUAGUUUUUGGAUACCGUGGAAGGUUGCUAAUAUGUAAACAUGUUGAAGAUGGGCUGGCGACCCCUCAGGCUCCGUCUCGGGCCCAGAGAAAUCCCCAAGGGCUUGCCAUAAACGGUGGAGUGGGCAGAGCCAGGGAAGAGUUCACAGCCAACAGGAAGAUGGCGGAUAUAAAUGAGUUGGAAAGAUUGUUUCCUGCAUCACUUCCCAAUGAGCACCAGCACAAGGGAAUUACGUCAACUAACAUCUCGCCCAUCUCAGAGGAACAGCCCAGUCUGACCUGCCAGAAUUCUGCAUUCCCACUGGACGAGUUAGUGGUGACUCGGGAACCACGGGCUACGUUUGAAACUGUUGUGCAGUGCUCUUUAGACUGCCCCGAAUCAAACGUUAAACAGCUCAGCUUUACAGUAGCAAAGGACAAUAGUUCUGGAACCACAGAGUGAAACUUUGAGUGCGGCCAGGUCUCAGUGCCUCCCAGUAGGCGCACGCUGAAACGGACACAGUCAUAUUUAUCGCUUUCUCCUCUGACGGCAUCUUUGUAGAGCCGUCAGUCUCAGGUCAGCUCUAAUUCUUCUGGGCUUUGGUGACUGCCAGCUCUGUUUGUAUCCUCACAAACUCAGGCAUGUUGUAAUGAAGGUACAUGGGUGCAGUUUAUCUCCGACCCUUCCAAGGAUACAUUUCCAGGCCUGCGGCCACUAGAUUGCGGCCUCACCAUUUGCUUAUAUUUCUUCAUCUUAUAUUUUGCCUGCUGGUCCUGUGCUCUGCGGUGAAACCAUUGCUUUGAAGCCAAAAGACCACCUCCUUCACUUGAGCAAGGACUCAGCAGUCCGUGCAGGGAUUAGAUGGAUUUUUUCCUCAAUGUAUCAACCUCCAAUGUAUCAACAAAAGCUUCAUUAGAUUCAGCACCGGAUUCCCAACAAAAGUGUCUGGUGGGGCCUAACGCAGGCUGGUAAUAAGACUUGGAGAAACAACUCAAAGAAAAGUUUGUUGAUUAUAAUUAUAAACUACCUCAACCGUAUUGAAUGUGUUCUAAGGAAGCUGUUCCAUUUGGUAUCUUCCUUUCUACAAGUAGAAGAGCACUUGAUCAGUUCAGAUGCAGUGCUACCUCAAGACCUUGCUCGUCUGCCAUAGAGAGCAAGGAAACGCCCGAAAGAGAAAGAAAAAGCACUUCCAAAUAUAAAGAGAAACAUUCUACCUCAAGUUUUAUAGAACUCCGUUCUGUGUUGUGGGACUGUUUCCCUCCAUUAUUGUAUGUGAUGAUUUAACCAAACUUCCAGCUUGCUUCAGGACAAGGCAUGGAAUCAAUGGUCACUGCAUUUUUAUUUUGUACCUUACGCUGUAUAUAAUAGUCACGUCUUUAUGUGUGUUUUUCUUUGUUAUUAUUUUUCACACCACAAAGGUGUUGGUUGUCUUGCUCGUCGGAGAAUUGUUCCGUUUGUGGUUCUUCUGCAGAAGGACAUCACCAAAGACAAGCUUUCGAAGAGAAAGGGAGAAGGAAGGGGUGCUGGCUGCCCAUUGAGUAGCCGGCACUUUGCUGAUCAGAGCAGCCACCCCCUGCUCGCACGCCUCAGUUAGAUCCGAGCUCAUUGUAAACAGAAGGACAACAAUGUAGCCAGUGUUGAGCCCAGCAUUCCCGCCCCGGCUCCUCACAGACCUCCCAGGAUUUCAAUAACAUUCAAAAGAAUCAGCGAGCCUUUUUGCAAAGGGAGGUUCACUGCUGACAUCACGUACUUGCCUUCAACCUUUAGGUGACCUCCCUUUGUGUGGAGGAGAGGCAUUGACGCCGGCCAGUCACCACUAAGGCAUGAGGUGCGAGCAGCCACGACACUGCACCAUGCCUGUUGAGGCACAGGAUGACCUGACCAGGGCGGGGGGGGGGGAACUAUGUCAGCAGUAGUUCCACUGGAGGCAAAGAACAGCGUAAAUCAUGGAUGUGAAGUCAAGUGUUACAACAAGAAACUCUCGCCUAAGGCAAGUUGGGGCUUAGACUAGUUGACCUCCAAGUUGACAUGCCUGGAAAAAAAAACCUGCAGUGUUUCAAUCGGAAUUAGAGACAUUACUGGCGUUUUGUGCAUUUUACAGUUUUAUUGUCCAUGUGCGUGGCCGAGUGCUUCUCAUGCAUUAGUCUGUGCUCAGUCUGGGUAACAUUAGUCUCUACUGAGGAAGUGGUUGUUAGCAAUGUCCAGGUAGCUGUGACCACUCCGCGAGCAGUUAUUUACUUGGGUUAAGUGGAAAUAGUUCUUUUUCAGUGGAUCCCCUGUC